AUGGCAGAUGCACAUAAGGAAAGAUCAGUCUUGCAUCAAAAUAAAGUUACAACAAUGAAGGAAAAGAACAGUUCCAGCGGAAGUAUACAUGUAGCAUUCUUCUCUAGAAAUAAAGGCAUGGAUGAACAUUCCAAAGGGGAAACAUGGUUGACUGUAUACCCUGGCAGAGGUCGCCUUGGUAACCAGAUGUUUCAGAUAGCUAGUUUAAUCGGCAUUGCAGAUAAAUUCGGGUACAGACCAUUUAUUUCUUCGACAAGUUUUGACAUAGAUUCUGUUUUUGAUGUACCGCAGUCAAGUAAUUUAAAUGUUGAUUUAACUAAAUUUAUCAAAUACCAGGAGACAGAUGCAGGCGUAUUUGCAGAGUGUGACAUCACAAGGUAUACCGAUAUGUCAGUCCUAAAGUUAAAUUCUAAUUGGACUUUGGAUGGGUAUUUACAAAGUUUUAAACACUUCGUGCAUGUUCAAAAUGACAUUAAUGAUUUGUUUACAUUCAAAAGCAAUAUACUUGACGAGGCAAGACAAUUCAUUCACAACAGUACUACACAGUACACGGUGAAGAUAGGCAUACACGUUAGAAGAGGGGACUUUCUUAGUGAAUAUCAUAGGAAUUUAGGGCGUGUUACACCCGAAGCAGAUUAUUAUCAAAAAGCCAUGGACUUAUACAGCACAAAAUACAGAAAUAUCACCUUUUUUGUAUUUUCAAAUGAUAUAGCCUGGUGUAAAGGCCAUCUUCUGGAUCUCGGGCAUGAAGUUAUUUUUAGCACAUAUAAUCACCCUGGAUACGACCUUGCCAUUAUGUCAUUAUGUGAUCACAUGAUCAUUUCUGUUGGAACAUUUGGCUGGUGGGGUGGAUGGCUGGCAGGAGGCUCAGUCGUUUAUUUUAAUGGAUAUCCUAAACCAGGCUCAGAAAUCAGCAAAUACUUUAUAAAAGAGGACUUCUACCCAUCUCACUGGAUUGGAAUCACAUAA